CAACUUCAACCACCAUUGCUAGCUACUGUCAUAAUUCUUCAAAUUAUCAUCUCGUCACACCCAAAUUCAUAUAAACCUUUAAAACUCUACCAAGUUGAAUAAAGAGACAAUCUUUCUAUGUGGUUUCUCUUCUUUUCAGUUUUGACCAUAAUUAACUGAAUGGUGCUUUAAUUCCAAAAGCCCUCUCUCUCUGCAUUCAUUGAUAGAAAGCAAGGUGACCCACAUCAUCAUGUUCGGUUCUGGCUUUUGGAUUGGUUCUGAUUUGAAGGGUCAUAUUGAUUUGGCAUGAGAAUUUGUUUGGUGGGUGCUUUAAUUGUGGUGCAAGCACCUCAGCCAAAAGGGUUUAGGUGUUCCUUUUCAAUUUGAGAUAAAGUUGGCAUCUUUUUACCAUUUAGGAAUAAAGAAACACUCAUCUAGUUUUUAGUUGCCACUGUUUUUGCUCUUCUGGGACGAUUUCGGAUAGGGAUAGAAUUGGCUCUGGUUUUGAUCAUCAAAGAUUUUCAGCAAAAUUGUGUUGCAAAGAGAUUCCUUUUUUCGUGUGUGACAUGAAUGUCAAAGGGGGUUUCUAAUCUGGGAAACCUGUUUCUUCUAUGGGAAAUCAUGCCGAAAUUGUUGAAGGACUGCUGCCAACUCAGACCUUCAAGGUGCACGCUCAAAUGUGUUCAGAACUAUUUAAGGUGGUCGUUCGAGUUUCGAAGAACUUUCCAGAAAUAGAAGCAGCCCGACCUCGAUGCUCUUCAGGAAUAGAGGCUCUUUGCUUGUUAAACAAUGGUAUUGCAAAAGCCAAGUCUCUGCUGCAGUACUGUAGUGAGUCAAGUGUACUUUAUCUGGCACUUACUGGUGAUGCAAUAUUGUCCAGAUGCAAAAAAUCGAGAAAUUUAUUGGAGCAAAGUCUCUGCCAAAUUCAAUCUAUGGUCCCGGUGGCGCUGGCUGCCAAGAUUUCUGGAAUUAUUGCUGAUCUAAGUAGUGCUGCAUUCUAUCUGGAUCCAUCCGAAGAGGAGGCUGGAAGGAUUCUUCGGGAAUUGCUUCACAGAUAUGGCUCAACAGUUGAUUCGACAGAGGAAGCUGCACUUGCUGCUAUUCACACUGUAUCAUCCCGUCUUCGUAUUUCAUCAAAAAAGGCUCUACUGACGGAGAAAAGAUCUCUCAAAAAGUUGCUUGAGAAGUUUGGAGAAACUGAACCAAGCAAGAGGAAGAUAUUGAUAUUCUUCCUGAAUCUUCUGAAUAAAUACGGAAAGGUUAUUGCAGAAACGCAAAAGGACAACCCUUCAUCGGAGCAUGGCAACCAUUUCCCAGCUCCAAACCCGUAUCUUUUAACAUAUGACGUGGAGCUCCGUGCAGAUUAUCGAUCUAAUGAAGCUCAGAUCAACAUCUUGAGCAGGCCCGUGCCACCUGAGGAAUUCAUAUGCCCUUUGUCAUCGAGGCUAAUGUAUGAUCCGGUUGUCAUUGCAUCGGGGCAAACGUAUGAAAGGAUGUGGAUCCAAAAGUGGUUCGACGAAGGUCAGAAUACUUGCCCCAAGACUCAUGUGAAGCUUCCUAAUAUGUCUUUCACAUCAAAUAUUGGUAUGAAGGAUCUAAUCAUCAAGUGGUCUGCCAUGCAUAGUGUGUCCGUUCCCAACCCGAAGAUGCAGGAGGGACAUCUUAGGUCUUGGGAUUCCAUCAACUCCAUCAACUCCAUUGCUAGCCUGACCAAUUCCAUGAAUGAUCUGAAUCUUCCACUAGAUUACAGCAAUGUGUCGAUUGGAUCUAGUCACGGUUCAGAUUACUCGAGCACCAAGAUCAGUAACGAAACGAGACCUACUACACAUGAAAUUGAUUGGGUGUUUCUGUCAAAACUCAGUACACUGCCUUGGAAUUCUCAGUGCAACGCAAUCGAGGAUGUCAAGAAGCGACUGAUGCACAAUGAUCAAUCUUGGUCUAGUAUCCCGUCAAGAAAGUUUGUCCGAACAAUCAUCGGAUUUUUGAAGGAGGCCCAUGACCGCCAUGACAUGGAAGCGCAGAUAACGGGAUGUCUGCUAUUGUACGAGGUGGUGCAGAAGCAGGGAAACAGUGUUUCGUAUUUGAAGGAAGACGAGUAUGGUCUGUUAGCAUCGCUUCUUGACACAGAGGUCUCCAAGCAAGCUCUCUCCAUAUUGAGUGAGCUUUCCAACCAACAAUGUGGUCAGAAAAUCGCUGCAUCGGGUGCUCUCGCUGGCAUCUUUAACAUACUCGAUAGCCAGAUUCUGGAACUGCUGGAACCAGCCUUAAAGAUACUGGCAUCCUUCUAGGACCUCUCGUACGGAGAACAUUGAGUUCAUAUGAAAUGGUGGCCACACUGUAGUUAUAAGCAGGUAAUUUUGGAGAAACUUGCUUAGUACUAAAUCUUCGACUGUGUCGACUCUUAUGCUGAAUUGCAGCAUCAGUUGGAGACUGGCUGUCAUAUAUGGUAAACUUGGUACCCAGGAAAUUGGAUCUGAUCACAGAAAUGCA